AUGGCUUUUGCUGGAGCCACUGAGGAUAUUUUUCAAUUACUAAAAGAACAAUUUAUAGAUUGUGCACAAAUGGAAAUCUCGAUUAGUUUUCGGGUGCCGGAGGAAAUUGCCGCGGUAGCGAAUGACUUUACACGAAAGUUUAUGCCACAAAAGCCCAAGUUGACUACUAAUCAAACUAACGGUGGGAGAAAGCCAGUAGUUUUUUUGGCUAAUGUUGAAAAUAAUUAUCAAUUGUCCCCUGACGAAGAAGUAAAAAUAAAAGAAAAGACUCAGCAAAUAAUCGAAGAAGAGAAUCAAUCUGAGCAACAAAAAGCCCGUAAACUUUCUAAAUUGGAGAAAAAGUUAACAGCGGAAGAAAUCAGUUCUAAAAAACUUGAAAACCAAAUUAGGUUUAUCCUACAAAAAAUUAGCAACUUAGACAAAUCAGCCACGCGGGAUUUUUUAAGUGGUUUGGGAAUAAAUUGGCGCAAUAUUCCUCGCUUUCAGCAAAUAAUUGAACAGUUUGACCAAGCAAGAAUUUUGGACGAAGAGAGAUUUAGAGAAAGCCUAACUGUUGAGGAGGUUAAUGAAUUUAUUCGCCAAAUUGAUAUUCAAUUGACUGAAAAAGAUAUCGAAAAUACUGGCAAAACUGUGCUUUCAACUAUCCACAAAGCCAAAGGAUUAGAAUUUGACUACGUUUUUGUGAUUGCGGUGGACGAUGGAAUAUUACCCGGCGAAACUAAAAGGCAAGAAAGUUAUUGA